AUGGACAACCUGUACAACACAUCAUAUGUUUUAGUGCUGAAUCGCUUUAAUCUGUCCUCUGAAGAAGUCUUUCCUGCAUUUCUUUUUGCAACUCUGAGCUACAUGAUCAUACUUUUCUGCAACCUUAUUCUAAUCCUCACCAUUGUACUGAACAAAUCCCUGCAUCAGCCCAUGUAUCUAAUUCUGCUGAACCUUCCUAUCAACGACCUUGUAGGCUCCUCAGCCCUCUUCUCACAGCUCAUCAAAGACUUACUGACAAACAGCAAGACAAUGCAGUACUCAGCUUGUGUUGCCCAAGCAUUCUUUCUCCACAUCUAUGCAACAGGUGCAGUGACCAUUCUGUGUGCUAUGGCAUAUGACAGAUACAUUGCCAUAUGUUUGCCUUUGAAAUACAACACAAUAAUGACAUAUGCUCAUAUUAUGAGAAUAAUCACAGUUGUUUGGGUAUGUUGUAUAGUUUUAAUAGGUGUGCUUUUUUUCCUGCUUUUGCGUUUACCCCGCUGUCGAUCUGAAAUUACUCAUCCCUACUGUGAUAAUCCAUCUUUGCUGACUCUGGUCUGUGCCAACACAACCAUCAAUAACAUUUACGGGCUUUUUACAGUUGCUCUUACACAAGUUAUGGCCAAUGGGAUGAUUUUGUACACAUAUCUGCGGAUCCUUGUUGCAUGCUUCAAAUCCAAAAGACCAGACACAAAAGCCAAAGCUUUGCAGACAUGUGCUACACAUCUAUUUGUUUUUCUCCUGUUGGAGUGUCUGGGUCUUUUUACCAUCAUAUCAUACAGAAUAAAUAACAUUUCACCACAACUUAGGAGUUUCAUUGGGAUGUCGACUUUAAUUUUCCCCCCAACAUUGAAUCCGAUCAUCUAUGGACUGAAGACAAAAGAAAUUCGAGAAAAAGUAGUGCACUUUUGUAGGAAUAAAAUCCCUCCCUUUUAG